AAUAAUAUAACAAUUUAAAACCCCCAACUUUCAUUUUUUCCUCUCUCAGGUCAAUUUUCAGCGGCGCGCUCUAAAUUCUCCUCCCCGAUCUUCUUCAUCAUUCCCCCCCUCCCCAAAUCGGCUGAGAUCCGACGACCUUCGUCGGAUUUCGCCAUCACCAUGAAAGGCUCCUGCACUUUGCUCGCCUCCGUCCUUGCUGCCUCUACCAUGGCUUUCUCCUCUUCAUCCUCCUCCACUGGAGAUCGCGACCUUCCUCUUUAUCCUCCCUCUCAUCAGGGCUUCGUUCCGGAAUCUGGUGCGAACAGAGGUUGCGGCGCGGAUUCUUCAUCGGAGAAGGAGAAAUUUGCGCCGAGGUUUGAUGGAUUGAGAUUCAUUGAGACUUUGGUAACUGCUCAUAGAUAAUAAUAAAAUCCUUAAAUGAUGCAUGUCCUCGCUCUUUCUCCUAAUCCAUAUACCGGAUCGUAUUCUGUUUCAUAUGAUUAUUAGGAAGAGAAAUUUUUGUUUUUACAAUUUGUGAAGUGAUUUUACUGACUUUCGAAAAUUAUGAAGGAAAGAAAAAAAGAAAAAAGAAGAAUCAAGAGAUUUUGUGCGAGUUCCUCUUGUUUGUAACGGAGUUUCAUUGGUGUAAGAAUUGAAAAAUUCAUGAAUGAAUUGAACGGGUCUGUCUGUGUGUUUGAGAA